UCAACAGAUGAAAGAGACGGGAAGAUGGGACAAUUUGAAGUUACAGUGGAGGGAAGGGGAUCCGAACAAGCCACAUCGGUUCUGGGACUCUGAUGUUGCAAAAUGGCUCGAAGCUGCUUGCUACUCUCUGAUCGAACAUCCUGAUCCCGCCUUGGCGCGUCUGGUAGAGGAAGCGGUGGACCUAUUUCGCGGUGCCCAGCAGGAGGAUGGAUACCUCAAUUCAUACUAUACAGUGGUCGAGCCAGGGCGACGAUGGACAAAUGUUGCUUGGUCGCAUGAGAUGUAUUGCGCAGGUCAUCUCCUGGAAGCCGCGUUAGCACAUCACGAAUACACACAUUCUAUGCGUCUGUUAGGCCCAGCACUGAAGUACAUUGAGCAUAUACGGUCGGUAUUUGGCCCGGGGGAAGACCAAAAGCAUGGCUACCCGGGUCAUCAGUGCCUGGAACUCGCCUUACUCCGCGCAUACGAGACCACGCAUGAUCCUUCCCUGCUCGACCUAGCACAGUACUUCAUAGAAGAACGCGGACAGAAAAGGGCAUAUCGCGAUGAUUCCGAAGCUUGGCAGAAGCAUUACUACGACAUCGAAGCGGAAGCGAGGGGCGAGGACGCCUUCGUGGGUCCUAUGAGACGAGGCGGGGACAGGUUCGAGUACAUGCAAGCUGACAAGCCGAUCAGAGAGAUGACCAAGGAAGGUAUCAGGGGACAUUCGGUCAGAGCCAUGUACUGGCUGACUGCUGUUGCGGGUCUUGCGCGUUUGACAAAGGGCGAAGACGGGACCUUGAAAGCUGUCGCUGAGGCGCUAUGGGCGAAUACCACCGAAAGAAAGAUGCACGUUACGGGAGGCUUGGGCGCGAUAGGGGAGUGGGAAGGCUUCGGUCCUGAUUACUUCCUCCC